UGUACACAGUAUGGCCGGCGAUAUUAGCUAGCACUCGCUAACGUUAUUCUCUGCCAAAGGGAAGACGGUAACAAGAAAAAUCAUCACCUGGAUUGUUUGACGGACUGUACAUCUAUAAAUUAUAAUCUUAUUGAAAUUGGAUUAAUUAAGACAAUACGUUAUAGACGACGUUAUUAUUUUUUUGGUUGUGUGUCUGUUGUCUCAUGAUGGAAGAUAACGGUGCACAUUUCUUCGAGGGAACCGAGAAACUGUUAGAGUUGUGGUUCUCCCGGCAGGAUGAGACCAAGGGAACCGGGGACCUGCGAACCAUCCCAAGGUUUGAGUGGGACAAACUUUUGGAGAAUGUGCACUGUCUGAUCAUAAGUGUGACAAAGACCGACAAACAGGAAGCUUAUAUACUCAGUGAGAGUAGCAUGUUUGUCUCCAAGAGACGUUUCAUUUUGAAAACAUGUGGAACCACCCUCUUACUGCAAGCACUGGUGCCUCUGCUGGAACUCGCCAGGGAGUACUGCGGUUUUGAUGCCAUCGAGAAUUUCUUCUACUCCCGCAAGAAUUUCAUGAAACCAACCCAUCAAGAGUUCCCUCAUCGAAACUUCCAAGAGGAAGUAGACUUUCUCAGCCAGAUUUUCCCAAAUGGUGCAGCCUACUGUAUGGGACGUUUGAACUCUGACUGCUGGUAUCUGUUUACUCUGGACCUGCCAGAGUACUGGGAGAACAAGUAUGCGGAUCAAACACUGGAAGUUCUGAUGAGUGACCUUGAUCCAGCCAUUAUGGACCAGUUCUACAUGAAAGAUGGUGUUUCUGCAAGUGAUGUCACUCGUAUGAGUGGAAUUUGUGACCUGAUACCAGGUUCAGUGAUAGAUGCCACAUUGUUCAACCCAUGUGGAUACUCGAUGAACGGAAUGAAGACUGACGGUACAUACUGGACCAUUCACAUCACCCCAGAGCCAGAUUUCUCCUACGUUAGCUUCGAGACAAACCUCUCCCAGACAUCGUACGACGACCUCGUCCGGAAGGUGGUGGAUGUGUUCAAGCCAGGAAAAUUUGUGACCACGCUUUUUGUCAAUCAGAGCUCGAAAUGUCGCAGCGUCUUCUCUUCGACCCAAAAACUCGACGGGUUCAAGCGUCUGGACCGCCAGCUGGCUCAAUUCAACGAUUACAAUUUUGUGUUCACAAGUUACGCCAAGAACUGCCAGAAGAAUCAGAAGAGCUGAGGGUGGAAGAUGAAGAAGAGGCGUAAAAAAGGCGGUCGCUCGGGCUUCCCUUGCAGCGAUCGCCUUCCAGUAGAGAGCUUCUUGUCGUCCCUUUCCUCCGUUCGUCCUCCCGCCCUCGUCUCCCGUCACGAAUCCCCUAGCAACAAGGACGACAAACCAGUUUUAAUCCCCUGUUUGAUUUGUUUGCAUUGUCGUAUCUGUGACUUAGACCUCUUGCAUGAAAGCUCUUUUCUCUGUUUCGAUAUGCUAGCACACUCUUGCCGUGAUCUUGAAGUGCAUGUAGAGGAAUUAAACCAGCUACAUUUCAGGUUUUCCACUUGCGCCCACUCCAAAGGCCCCUAUCUACAGGUCUCCUCCCUCAUCCCGCACAGACAGGGCUUCAGACCCCACUAAGUCCACGCCCCUGACAUGCUCAGAUUACUGUACGCGUUCCACAUUUAGCUUUUAAAAUGCGACGAUCGGCUAGAAUCGUAACAGAGUGCACUUUAGAGUAGUUUUCGAUGGCCUUUUGUCUCUGAAUGUAUACGUUUCGGUAAGACUUGCCCCUUUUUUUGUUUAAACGGCAUACUUGCACGCCUGCUAUUUGGGUAAAUACUAGAAGCGUACAAAAUGGCUUCCACCAGAGACUCACAGCUAGUAAAGAGAAUCUGAAUAAUUCAAUAACAUCCAUUAGCGCACUUUGCCAUGUCUUACGUUGUUGGAAGCAUCUGGCUUCCUCUACUAUUCAGUUUUCACAUUGACACGGAAAAGGAAUGCGGUCUAGCCAGAUUCUGACACCAUUUCAUCCACUUGAUCUUUCGAAUGUACACGUCUCUAGAGAAAAGCCUGGUCCACUUUUGAGCUGAAUGUAUAACUUCAGGCGUGCACUCAAUACCGGCCGCCUAUUGUCCCCAGUCCCGGCAGGUCUCCCCAGUCAUUAGAAGAGUGGCGAGCCGGCGGGGCAUAAUGAAUCAGAAACUUUCCGCUUGCCCAGCAAAGCGUUUUUUUUUUUCCCCUUGACAAUAUCCAUUGCCUCUGUGUCUUUCCGCCCUAUACAAAAAUGUGUAAGCGUACAAUCUAGGCCCACCUGUCUGAGCAUGCCAGGGUCAUCCCGGAUCAUUCCACGUCCAACCAAAUGCACCAUCUGCCAUUUUUUGUCAUUACCUUUGCCCAGACAUAUUUAGUUUUUGCUGUGGAUUGGGCUCCCUCACUAUUCUUUGUUCGAAUCAAUGCCCUUUUGUUAAACUUGGGCUCGGAGGGGAGGGGGAAUUUAUCAUGCGGUGGUGCAUGUAACUAGUGCUGUAUUGCUAGACCGUGUCGUGUAGAGUCCUCGUUUGUGUGCUUGCCCUUCUUUUGCCAGCCGAAGAUGAGUCGAAGCGGCACACUCGCCUUCUCGGUCUUCCUUUAGCUUGAGCUCGUGCAGUUUUUGUAUUCCUUUGGACCACCUGCUGCAUUUGAGAAAGUAGAAAAAGUGAAGGGUUGACCUGCAAAUGUGCAUGAACGAUGUAGCACUUGAAGUAGUUUCCUCUAGUUCUAUCAUUGCCUUUUGGAGAAGUUUCAUUAUUUCCUUGAGGACCAACUUCUGCGCUACUUAACCACCUCAGCACGCUUCUCUUAACUUAUGAGGUCCUACAUGCACACCAGCACUGUUCAAGAUUUACUUUUUGAAAUAUAUUGGCUCACGGCAUUUUGCCUACCAAUUUUUCUUGCUGAGGUCCAAUCUUCUGGCGUUAUUUGUUACACUAGUUUUGGGGCUGUAUCGUUAAAAGUAAUUCCACACGAUCGCACCUGCACACCAGCUCCUUGGACUUCCUUUUGUGGAUCUUCCAGUUAAAACACUAAAGGAAAGUUUGUGAAAAUCUCCCAUGAGGAUGCUGUUCAUUAAACGUGUCUGGUUGGAUGGAGAAACUUUACUGUUUUAAUUCUCUUUUGCUAUUUGGAAGGUCAAGAUGUGCUAUAAUUCUAUAUGUGCUCUGAGCUUGAUGCCUAAAUAAUAAAAGAAAUUAUUCAUCUUUG